GCAAUAACCCAGUUUUUCGAUAUGAAUAGUUGCUGUCAAGAACUGUGUCACUGUCAUUAAUUUAAACAAUUCAUUUUUGUUUGUGAUUUUAUUUAAAAGUAUUAUUUAUGCAGCUGUAGUAAAAAAUGGGGGAUUUUGCUAAUGCAACUGAGGCUGCGUCUCUCGCUGUGCAAUUUGAUCAAACUGGACAAACGGAUAAAGCUGUUGAAUGCUACAGAACUGCAGCAAGAUUGCUGGACAGGGUUCGCGAUCGUUUUCCCCCCGAUAAACAAGAAGAAGUAAGAAGUAAAGUCAGAGAAUACCUUGAAAGAGCAACAGUGUUGAAGGAACAACAAGAAAGGGCCCAACAAGCGGAGAGUGAGCGUGGAAUGCAACAAUGUUACUUCCUUAUGCAACAAGCUUUAGAUGCAGAUGAAGCGGACCAGAAUGACUCAGCUUUGCAACUUUACACACAGGCAGUUGAGUUGGCUGUUAGCAUUAGAGCAAGUGAUCCAGACAUAAAAGCGAAGAUAAAAGGUUUAGCAGAACAGGCUCUGGACAGGGCGGAGGAGUUGAAAGGUAUUAAGAGAAUUGGAUCUCUGUCUAUUAGUGAGCAGAAAAGGCCAGCUGUCAGUCCCGUCCGACCGGUACUGCAAAGAGACCAAAGCAUUCACUUAAAAGUUAGUGGGAAACAAGCAACAUACUCUGAGGAGGAAAAGGAGGUUUUACGCACAACAUCCAAUAUUAACAACAACUGCUUCCUACCAUUCAUGGAUGUAGACUUGUCAGAGAGAUUCCAGUUUGCGAUACCGUUUGAAGAUAGGGCCAGUGCCUUGAAGCUGAGUUCUAAGCAGGAAAAGGAAUUUGAUUGCUGGGUGCGACCGCAUGAGAUCUGCACGGAUCCGAAAAUGAUUGUUGGAGAUCAUGUUGACUGUUUCAGUAUUAAGCAGACCAUAGUAUCAGACUGUUCGUUCGUGGCGUCGCUGGCUGUGAGCGCGUUAUACGAAAAGCGUUUCAACAAGAAGAUCAUCACGUCCAUCAUAUACCCUAAGAACAAGAGCAAGUCGCCGGUCUACAACCCCUUUGGGAAGUACAUGGUGAAGCUGCAUCUUAAUGGUGUAAGGCGGAAGAUAAUAAUAGACGACCGGUUGCCGUACAGCAGGUACGGGCGCCUCCUCUGCUCCUACUCCAGCAAUAAGAACGAGUUCUGGGUGUCGCUAUUGGAGAAGGCGUACAUGAAGGUUAUGGGCGGCUAUGAUUUUCCUGGCUCGAAUAGUAACAUAGAUCUCCACGCACUAACCGGUUGGAUACCGGAACGCACGGCAAUCCGGAACGGCGAAGCGGAUUUCAACGCGGACGCUCUAUACGAGAAGAUCCGGACGCGUCUGGAACGGGGUGAUGUACUGGUGACGGUCGCGACUGGCGCGUUGUCUGAUGCGGAAGCGGAACGGACCGGACUGGUAGCUACGCAUGCGUACGCAGUGUUGGAUGUUAGACUUGCUAAUGGAGUAAAACUCCUGAAGCUCAAGAACCCCUGGUCUCACCUACGUUGGCGCGGCAACUACUCAGAGUUAGACCUCUCUCACUGGACGCCCGCGCUGCGAGCUCUCCUCAACUACGACCCCGACAGCGCCGCGCAGUACGAUAACGGAGUCUUCUGGAUCGACUACGCCAGUAUACUGAACUUCUUUGAUGUCUUCUACUUGAAUUGGAACCCUGAGAUGUUUCAGUUUACGUAUUGUAUACACCAGAAAUGGGAUGCCGGUACAGGCCCAGCUAAGGACGCGUACAACAUCGGCGAGAACCCGCAGUUCUCGCUACACGUGCAGGGCCGCGGCGCCGUCUGGUUGCUGCUCACACGACACAUCACGCAGAUAGACGACUUCAGGGACAACAAGGAGUAUAUCACACUACUUGUGUAUAAGAAUGGAAGGAGGGUUUAUUAUCCCUACGAUCCUGAACCUUAUAAAGACGGAAUAAGGAUCAACAGUCCGCACUACCUCUGUGAACUAAUCAUUGGUGAAGGCAGUGCAGAUAGAUAUACGCUAGUGGUCUCACAGUAUGAGAAGAGCAAGACUAUAUUCUACACGUUGAGGGCUUAUGCGACGUGUCCCUUCACGUUAAGCAAACUUGAACCUUAUCCUUAUAAGAAAACGUUAAACGGCGAAUGGUCUGGCCGCACCGCUGGCGGUUGCGAGAACCACCGCGCGACUUACCCCAACAACCCCAAGUUUAUAAUAACGGUCCCUGAAGCUCGGGCCCCUUGUAACGUAGUAGUGGAACUGAAGGGGCCCAAGCAGUACCAGAUAGGUGUCGACGCGAGAGUCGAAGCGUUGGAUGACCCCAAUGUCACUGCGCCAUUCUUGAAGGAAACCUCAGGAGCGUAUAGAUCUGGCUUCGUAGUCCUCGAGCUCCGCAACCUACCUGCAGGUAGGUACAUACUAACGCCAUCUACCUUCUACCCCGGGCAGGAGGGUCCGUUCUUCCUGGAGCUGCGGUCUACUAGCCCCCUGACAUGCGAGGGACGGAACUAGCGCGCGGUAGGCAGGUGGAAGCAGGAUGAGGCUAGGGUUUAGGUGAAAAGACAUUGAUUAUGAGAUUGAUUGUCGUAAUAAGAUCUCGAGAAUAGGUUUUAGAGAUGGUAGAUGUCGACCAAUAGCGAUUGGAUGGCGAUGUUGAGUUAUUGCCUGUGUAUAAAAAGUAAUUAAUUAAAGCUAUGAGUCCACUAGUUUUUGCUUCAUUUAGGUUAAAAGUUAGUCGACAUCGCCAUGGAGGAACUUCUUUUUCAUCAAAAAAUAUUUUUAAUUUUCUUACCUUAAUGUCGUCGCUUCUCAUCAGGCUAAAAAUAUAAAACUUUGUUAUAGACACUGUAAAUACCAUUUCUGAUAUUGUAUGUAUUUAAACAUGAAUUAGCUAUACAACAAAGAAGUAAAUGACUAUAAUUUAUAAAUUGAUCAAAUCAUAAUUGUUUUCUGAGAUUCGCAUUUGCUUAAAACGGAUUCAAAAUGCUCUGAAGAGGAACUUAAAUAUAUGAAUGUUAUUUUAUUUAAUAAUACAUGAGAAAAUAUGUUACGACAAACCAUCGCCGUGACAUAGUACAUAUUAUUGUAAACUUAUUAUGGUAAAUGUGUAAAUAAUUAUGUAUGUUUGUAAAUGUGUGCGUGAACUAGUAUUUUCUUUUGUUAAUUUAGACUUUUGCCUUUUGUUUUGACAAUAAAAAUUGUAGUGAUGUAUUAGAUCUGUGCCUUUAGGUCCUAUGCUAAAUUAAUUGUUUGUAAGUGACGCGGCAAGAUAAAGCAUUUAUUAGAACACUUUAAUAUAAAAAUUGCAGUUUUGUUAUGUAAUUUAGUUUUGUCAACCGUUUAAAUUGAUUUGCCUUCGAAAAAUCAGAAUAGUACUAUUUUACUUAAAAUCGUUCGCACUAAAUAACAUAUUUCUACACAAAUAUUAAAUUAGUUUUAGUCUUAUCAAAGAAACUAUUCACAUACCUCGUAAAACUCUUUCCAAAAACUACCUCUUUAAAUUGUACGUAAUAAACAUAUCCCACGGACACAACAUUUACAUUUCCAUUUAGUUGCAACAAAAACAUUUAUUCGCUAAACGGAAAAACAGUAAACUACUUCACUAAACUAAGUGACACACAUCCGACAUACCCCUGUGUGUGUUGGCCCAACACUAUUGAGCCAACAUUUGGCCCAACUAGGUGUCAAAUAUUGGCCACAAAUAAUUUUUCCCAUAAUGUUGAUUUAGGAAGUCUGAAAUUUGCGAUAGUGAAAACUACUGUACUCACAACUAACAAAUUAAAAUAAAAGCACUAUUACGUGUGAAAAGCACGUCAGAAAAAUAACAACUAGCUUUCAAAAGUAAACCAUUUACGCCUUUCCUUUUGGCGAAAGUGACAACAUGAGUAUUUUUUUUAAGUUAACUGUUUGUGGUAAUUUUGAUGUUUUCAUUUCUAAUCAUUGAAUAUACAAGUCAACCCAUACUGUAAAAUAGGUAACACAGAAUCCGGGCCUAAUAAAUACAUGGAUGGAAAACAUUUGGUCCAAGUACCAAGCCAACAUGUGGCACAGAUUCUAACUUUUUGUACUAGCCAAUUCUAAAUUCAUUUAAAACGUGUCGGAACGGAGUUUGCAAAGCGACAAACAAAAGUGAAUCUCUUAUGUCGUGUGGCCCUGGGGCUCUACCACCUCCUUUUGCACUAAGGCUGAUAUAGUUGAGGAAAUGAGAUGGCGCAUUACACGACUCUCUCUCUCUCGCUCUCACAAACCCAGGAGUCUUACUCUAAGUGGUACUGGUAGGACCAGCACGUACUGCUAAUUGCGUUUAUGCAAAUCUAUUCAGGUUUUGUGUCGCUCUAAUAUGAAUGCUUACACAGCGCUCUUUGCGGAAUCCAUUUAGGUUUUUAAAACAGUUGCCGGUAUUGAGUACUCAUUUUGAACAGCUUUUUUAGAAGUAGUUGUUGAUUUGAGUUGGUAACGUUAGAUUUAGAAUGUCUGUAGUUUGUAGUUGAUGUGGGAUCAAUAUAAAGUUUAAACAUAUUUAUGUACCGUUUCAAAACUUUGUUUUCAAAUAUGUUAUGUGUAAUUUAAACCUUUUUGGCUUAGAGAAUGGAAUGCCUUGGCUUCAAAGCUUAGAUUAUUUCUUCGACUUAUUAAAAUGUAUCGUGAAUCGUCCAAAACAUAUGUUUAAGUCUGUAACAGCAUAAUAUAUUUACAAUACAAUUAAAUACUAACAUAGUUUAAUAAAAAUAACAUGCUGUAGGGUUGUUUUGAA